AUUCGUCGAGGGGAUUUGUUGAUUAAUUGAGGAAAAUAGUGGUUGACGAUGGGCAAUCGUUUGGGUCCACUAAAACCCCCCAACUCUGGGGUGGAUGACAAUCCUUUGAGGAGCUCGACGCUCCCGAUUAUUUUCGUCCUGGGAGGACCAGGAGCCGGCAAAGGUGAGCUCCAUCCUGUCGGCGAGAAUAGCGAGGGUGAAAUGAUUUAUUCUACGUUUUGGCUGCCACAUGGAACUCAGUGCGAACGUCUGGCGCGUAAAUACGAUUAUAUUCACAUAUCGAGCGGUGAACUCCUCCGGGUGGAGGCGGCGAGGCCCACCGAACGAGGACUGAUGAUCGACAAGAUGAUGGGACGAGGCGAGUUGAUUCCAGUGGAGCUGGUCCUGGACUUGAUAAAAGAAAAAAUGAUUACUUCCCUGAACUACACGAGGGGCUUCAUCCUGGACGGUUAUCCCCGUGAAAAGUCCCAAGCGAGGCUCUUCGAAAGGGCCAUUCGCCCACCAGACUUGGUAAUCUACUUAAAAGCUGACGAGAGUCUCCUGAAAGAACGACUCUUAGGCCGUGCGAUUACGUCAGGACGGAGGGACGACAAUCAGGCGACAAUCGAGAGACGAAUAAAAUUAUUUCUCCGGAAGAAUCGAGCCCUUCUCAAACAUUAUCGAAAGACUCUUUUCACCGUUAACGCUGAACUGGACGUGGAAAGUGUUUUCAAUGAGCUCUCAACGCUUGUUGACAAGAAUAUUGGCGGUUCGCUAUUCAAUGGAAUCGAGUAAUGGGACCGAUAUCCAGUGAAUUAUAUUCGUUCAACUGUUCCUUUUUGAAAAUUUGUGACGAUCGAAUGAUGUAACUGAAUACGUGUACAGAUUAUCAAGAGGGGAUUGUUCAAUGCUGUUGGUGUAAAUGACAGGACAAUAAGUUAUGUCAUUCUCAAAAUAUUCUCUCCCUCCCGACAAUAUUCAAGACAAAAAAAAAAUACAAAUCCAAUAAAUUGCAAAAAUAAUUGUCCCUUUCGAGGGGUAGAUUAUCAAUAAAAAAAAAAAAAUUCUAAUUCAUGAAUUGAAAAUUCUCUGCUCGUUAUAAAUUCUCAAAAAGAGAAUUUCAUCCCCGGAUAAUAGACAGC